CCUCCUGCCCGCCUCAGGUCUAUUCUCGUCUUUGCUUCCCAAUUUGAAGAGUCAGUUUGUGUGGGCGAAGGUGGUUGUGGUUAUGAAGUGAGUUCUUUAACUUUAGAACCAGUGAGAAAAGUGUGGACUGAUCUGCUUAUCCCAGAAUGGUGACUGUGGUGCGAGUGCAUCUCCCCUCAGAGAUACCCAUAGUAGGAUGCGAACUUACGCCUUAUGUUCUUUUGCGUCUGCCCGAUAGUUCUGUAACUCCGGAUGAUGUUCCCGAGUCCUCCCCCAUCAAUGGCCAAUUCUUGAGAUACAAGUGGUAUCGAAUACAAAGUGACAAGAAAACUGCCAUCUGUAGUGUUCAUCCAUCUGAGCAGGCUACAUUACAGUGCAUUGGAUGUGUGAAAGCAAAAAUUCCUGUCGCUAAGAGUUACCAUUGCUCCACUAAGUGUUUUGCACAUUCAUGGCCACAUCACCGUAGUUUGCAUGAACAUGCUGCUAGUGCUGUCAAUGACCACACAAAUGAGGAUGAAGAAGUAGUAUGCUACAACAACACAACAACUUUGCAUCCAUCACAAUCUGCUUCUAGCUUGGCAAAUGGCACAACACCUUUAUAUCCAUCAUCAGUUGCACAGAGGAAUGGUGGUGAAGCCUGGGUUGAAGUUGGACGGCUUAAAACAUAUACACCAACAACUGAUGAUAUUGGCCAUGCCCUUAAAUUUGAAUGUGUUGUUUUAGAUGCAGAAACCAAUCUUUCAAUUGGACUGGCGAAUACUAUAUUGACAUCUCGUGUGAUUCCAGCUCCAUGUCCUACACCACGCCGCUUAAUUUCAGUCAGAGAAGGUGACGUUUCAGCAAUUCCUGAUUUGGGUGGCCGCAUUUCAUCUUCUGGAACAUUUACUGUGCUCUCACAGAAUCUAUUGCGUGAAAUAACUGGCUAUCGUGCUGACAUUGUUUGUCUUCAAGAGGUUCUAAGUGAUCAUUAUGAAGAGUUCUUUCGUCCUGAACUGGACAAACAUGGCUAUCAAUCUUAUUUCAGAAUGAAAAGUUGUGAGGGGUAUGGUAGAAGUAUGAAUAGUGUUGAUGGCUGUGCUACUUUUUUUCGACGGGAUAGAUUUUCGCACGUUAAGAAAUAUGAGGUUGAGUUUAACAAAGCUGGGCAAUCAUUGGCUGAUGCUUUAGCUCCCAGUGUUCAAAAGAAAACUGCUUUAAGUCGUUUGAUCAAGGAUAAUGUGGCACUCAUUAUGGUCCUGGAGGCAAAGUUUGGUAACCAGGGUGUUGAUAACCCCGGAAAGCGCCAGUUAGUAUGUGUGGCAAACACUCAUGUGCAUGUUCCACAAGAGUUGAAGGACAUCAAGCUUUGGCAGGUUCAUACACUUUUGAAAGGACUGGAAAAGAUUGCUGCUAGUGCUGAUAUUCCAAUGUUGGUCUGUGGUGAUUUUAACUCGAUACCUGGAAGCGCUCCUCAUGCACUCCUUGCAAUGGGGAAAGUUGAUCCGAUGCACCCAGAUCUAGUAGUUGACCCUCUUGGUAUUCUUCGCCCAACAUCCAAGUUAACACAUCAACUGCCACUGGUAAGUGCUUACACUUCCUUUGCUAGAAUGGAGGGUGGUCUUGGAAGCGAGCGCCACAAGAGGAGGAUGGAUCCUAUCACUGAGGAGCCCUUGUUUACGAAUUGCACUAGAGACUUCAUUUCUACUCAUGAUUACAUAUUCUAUUCAGCGGAUUCAUUGACUGUUGUGUCAUUGUUGGAGCUUCUAGACGAGGAUAGCGUGAGAAAGGACACAGCACUACCUUCUCCAGAGUGGUCUUCUGAUCACAUAGCCCUAUUGGCCGAAUUUCGCUGCAAACCAAAGCAGAAACACUGAUGCUUGGUCUUUUUCUACACAAUGGAUUUUGAAAAUAGAUGCAGCAGUCACGAAGAGUUUCAUGUAAAAGUUACUGUAACAAUAGUAGAUGAUGAUGACUUGCUUUUGGUAUCCUCCCCUAGAGGGCCCCCCAUAGCUAUUGUAUCUUCUUUUUUGUAUUAUGCUGCUUUUUUCUCAUAGAAGGAAAAAAAAAGAUCCAUGUUUUCCUUUAUUCAAAUAGAAGAAAUAUCAUCUAUCCAAUAUAUAUUCUCUUCCUUC